AUUAGAUGGAGUUUUUGUUACUAAGAACAGAAUCUAAGCUUACAAUUCAUAUAGACUAAUAUCAAUACCAACAAUUACUAACCAUAUUGUCAUAUAUGUUAUAGAACUGUUAUAUAUAAUCGACCAUAAUACCAAAAUUAUUGGGUCAGCAGUACAGUUUUUUAAAUUGCAAUAUGUUGAAAUCAAAACCUCAGAGUUUGCAUCUUUAUGAUAUGCAAGGUUCUUUGCCUUCGUAUAACAUCAAAGCAACUAUAGUUCCUUGUAAGGGGACAGGUGUGGUGUUCUUAUAUGGUGGGUUUGAUGAUCUGGAUCAAUUGGAUGGAAAUGUGUAUCUUUUAAAUGUCAAAACUAAGACUUGGGAAGUUGACGAUAAACAUGAAGGAAUCUAUAGAGAUGGUCAUCUGGCGGUUUAUAUAGGUAACGGUAACGUUUUAAUAUUCGGAGGAGUUCCAUAUGAUGAAGAAUUUGCUGAUACUAUCUCAAAUAGAAGACAUCAUUCACCAACAUUCAAUAAAAAUAGUAUCAUGAUGAUCUACAAUAUAUUCAAUAAAAAGUGGAUUGGUCCCCCACAAUUCGCGUUAUCUAAUGCACCCACAGCUAGAUCCAGACAUGCAUCCUGCCUUUCAGCUGAUGGAUCAAAGAUAUAUAUCAGUGGAGGAUUGGCUAAAUCAUCCAGUGGUGAUGUUCCUUUAGAUGAUUUGUAUUGUUAUGAUUUAACAAAUGGUACUUGGGAUGGCCCUAUUCGCUUUGUGUCGAGAUUCGAUCACUAUAUUAAAAUUCAUGGAGAUAAGUUAUAUUCAUUUGGAGGUUUAGAUAGAGAUAUGAAUCAUGUUAAGAACACUGUAUCGUUCUAUUCGUUUAAAACUAGAAUAGUGGGAGAUUUUACUAUCCAUUCAACUUUUGAUCCAUAUUCACCAUUUUCUGAACAAACCCAUUUUCCAGAUGAGGAGAGAUUGUUUUUAGAUUCAGGGAUAAAUUCAUCGCUAACAUUAAAACUAUUUCUCCCACCUUGGAAUUCAAAUAUACCAGGAUUACAUAUUGAAGACUUCAGUGUUGAUGACUUUGAAACUUUCAAAGUAUUUGAUAUUGAGAAUUUUAAAGCAUAUUUCAAUAUGAAGUUUAUAAACAUUAUGAGUUAUUCUUGGAAGAUGGGAUUUGUUAAUGCCGAUGAAGGUUGUUUAUACCUUUUCGGAAAUCAUUUCAGAGAUCAGCAAACGAUAGUAGAGCUUCCUGAUAUUUUGGAUCUAAAAUUAACCACAUUAUUAAAAAUCAAUUUAUCAUCACUUGGAAUACCUCUGUUAAAUCAAAAGGUUACAUCCUCAUCUAUCAAAAACACUCAAUUAUCAUCAGACUUUACAAGAAUCUUACUAGAAGAAGAAUUCACUGAUUUUGAAAUAUAUGCCUUCAAGAAUGAAAACGACAGGACGGAUGAUGAAACAAUGAAGUACUAUGACAGUCAUGAUAUAGACAAUUUAGAAAGACUGGGGGAAUUAGAAGUCAUAAAGGUACAUAAAGCUGUCUUGAUUGCUCGUUGGCCUCAUUUUCAAAGAAUGAUAUCAAGCGGUAUGAAUGAACAAGUUCGUAAUAAAUUGCUUAUACCAGAACCUUAUAAUUGGAUCAAGGGAUUAAUAUACUAUUUGUAUUCAGGUUCAAUCGAAUUUGGAAAUUAUAUAGACUCCAAUUAUACCAUUCUUGAUUAUAUGGGUCUUUUGAUUUUAUCAAAUCUAUAUAAUUUACCUGAAUUGAGAGAGUUAUCUUUAUUUCAUAUGUAUAGAGGAUUUGAAGAUCUUCAGCUCAAUUUUGCACGGGAUAAUGAGAAUGAUAGUACUAUUCAAGUAUUGCUUAAGCUUUGGAAACAGAUAUCAUAUGAAAGUUUGGAACCUAUAUUUUUAAUGAAAGUUAUUGAAUUGAUUAAAUCUAAUUGGAGUACAAUCACUAGGUCAUCGUCAUUUUUAGGAUUAAGUAAGCCAGAUAUCAUUAAACUUUGUCAAGACUCAAGUGAUGAAGUCAUAUCAAAAUCAGAUAGCAAUUUAGCAACUCCUGAAUCAAGUCAUGAAUCCUUAGAACAUGAUGGAUUCAGUGAUGAACUUCAAACCCCAGCAAGGGUGGGAAAUUCCCCAUUUGUAAUUGAUUCAGUAGCGUUGAAUCAUCGACAGAGUGAUUCAUUUUCAAGUCUUCAACAUUUAACCGGGGUGUUGAAUGAUAAUAUUCAGACACGAGACAUUUAAUGAAAUUAAUAAAUUAAAAAAACAAUUGAUCUAUUAUUGUUGUACGUAUUAUUAUAAAUAUAUAUAAAUAUAUAAACAUCUCUCGGAGUAAUAUGCCUUAUGUACUUUUGCUCUCCACUCAGCUAUCAUCUUUAUC